AUGUCAGAGCCAACUCAACUACAACAUAAUGCCUUUCAAAGUGCUCUUCAAACAUGGAAGGAGAUAGAUUUACCUUCGUUGCAGAAUAAGCUUGACGAGCAAGGCAUUGAACUCAAAUCAGAGCAGAAGGCCUCGCUAACAAGCAGAAAGAACCUUGCGUCUAAGACGAAGGACUUCAAGAAGCUUGAAGAUGCAGAGAAGCUAAAUGAGAUCAAACAUCUUCUAAAGAUGUAUCAAAACGAGAUCGACAAUAUGAACACGAAACAAAAGAAAGUGGAGGCAUUCUUCUUUGGCUUCUACAGAUUGAUUGCAGAGGCUCCUGAUCCCAAACCGCUUCUAGAGCUUUGCCAGGACGCUGUGGUCAACCUGAACGAGUUGGCCGAAAUGAAACAGCAAAUAGCCCAGCGUGACGAAGAAUUAGCCAAGAAAGCUGACUAUGAGGUCUUGAAGCAGCGUCUAUUACGAAACGAGCAAGAACUGGCAGCACUUCUAAGCAGCAAACUCAAGGCCAAGGAAGACGAACUCCAAUCAUUGAUUCAGGAGAAGGAAUCUAAUUGGGCUAACAAAGAGAAGCAGCACCAAGAGCAAAUUGCAUCAUACAAGCUCACCAUCGAGGAGCUCAAGACGUCAAUGGAAGUCACUCAACUUCAAUUGAACUCACAAAAUAAACAGUUUGACAGAAGUGAAGAAGGAGGAUCUCAAGAUACGGCAUCUACGCUAGUAGAAUUGGACAUGGCCAAUCGUGACGCGGAAAUGUGGAAAAAGAGGGUCUUCGACUUGGAGAAAAGAAACGAGGGCUUACGUCAAGAAUUGGCCGUGGCGUUGAAUGACUCGGCCAGUGCAGCAAUUAAAGCUGAUUUCCAAAAGACAGUCGCCGAUUUGGAAAGUGAGAAUGCACUCUUGAUGGCAGAUUUGAACCAGGCCAAGAACAGGAUCAACACUGUCUCUGAUGAGAAUUCGGCCAAGGUCCAACUGCUUACGAGAGACUUGCAACACGCAUCAGAGGAAAUUAAGCAUCUUAAGGCCAAGCUAGAGAAAACUAGCGAUUAUGAUGAAGUCAAACACGAACUUCACUUGUUGCGUCAAAUCGAAUUUGGAGAGCAUUCUUUAGAUGAGGCCGAUGACGAUCAACCAAAGCAAAUUGAUUCCCUAUUGAUCGAAAGGAAUAAGUCAUUGACCACUGAACUUGCAAAUUUGAGAUCCCAACAUGAUGGUCUUGUCUCGCAAAUCCAGGAGCUACAAGGUGAAUUAGAACAAAACAGAGAGGAGUCAGAGAGACUUGGCGUGCUCAAUUCGAAGUUGGAGAAUGAUUUGGCGGAUAUGAGGGACUCUUCAACUCCUCAAUUCAACGACACGGCAAGCAUGAUUUCCGGAAUAUCGAGAAUGACCAAGAGCACAACAAGGCAACCAUCUGGUGGUAUUGCUCACCAGGCUGGAGAAGAUAGUUCAAUUCUUCCAAUCAUCACCAAGCAAAGAGAUCGGUUUAGGGACAAAAAUAAGGAAUUAGAGGACGAUAUCAAGCGCCAAACUAGUUUGGUUAAUGAGUUGAAGAGGCAAAAUAGAGCCUUGAAGAGUGAUAAUGAAGAUCUCUAUGAGAAAUCAAGAUAUAUGGCUCUGCUCAAGAAGGAGAACGAGGCUCCCGCUGCAAGCUCAAACCGUCGCUUUUUCACCCCCAAACCAAACGCAUCUCUAGAUCUUGAGCAAAACGCAUAUCAGACAGAAUACGAGUCUAGGCUCCACCCAAUUGAGCGAUUUAGGAUGAGGGAACAGGAGCGCAUCAGCUCAAGGCUCUCGCCUUUUGAGCGUAUCUUUAUUUCUGUGACGAGGUCCAUUUUGGCCACCAGAACGACAAGAAUGCUAUUCUUGGCAUAUUGUGUCUUCCUUCAUUUCCUUGUCAUGUUUACGACCAUACAUUCUAUGUCUAUCAGUACUAAAAUGAUCCCAGAAGUCGGCCUCAACCAAAGCACGGGAGGUUCUGCCGACAGUAGUGUGGGGGGUGUUGCCUACGAGGGAUGA